AUGGAGGAGGGAGAGAGGAGCCCCUUGCUGUCUCAGGACGCAGCCGGCCUGAAGCCGUCCCUCUGCAACAGUGGACCCGCGUCCAGCGGCCCGGGUCCCAGCCUCUCCAUGGGAAGCAGCUGCGCCAAGUACCUGAUCGUCCUGUCCAACUUCCUCUCCUCCCUGGUGGGCCUGCUGGCCUUGCUGGGCGGACUCUGGGGCCUGGCUGUCAAGGGCUCAUCGGGCAGCGCCCAGGGAGGACCCCUGCCUGAAGCCCCCGCGCUGGGGCUGGUGCUGGCGGGGCUGGCCGUCAGUGCCGUAAGCCUGGCCGGCUGCCUGGGCGCCCUGUGUGAAAGCCGCUGCCUACUUAGCUGCUUCUCUGGGGCUGUCCUCGCCUGCCUGGUGCUGGAGGCCCUGGCAGGGGCCCUGGUGCUGGCCCUCUGGGGCCCGCUGCGGGACGGCCUGGCGCACACGCUGCACGUGGCGGUUAUUCGCUACCAGGACGACCCGGACCUGCGCUUCCUCCUCGACCAAGUCCAGCUGGGGUUGCAGUGCUGUGGGGCAGCGUCCUACCAGGACUGGAGGCAGAACCUGUGCUUCAACUGCAGCUCCCCCGCGGCGCAGGCCUGCGGCGUUCCCACCUCCUGCUGCAUCCACCCCCGGGAAGCCGGCGCCGCGGUGAGCGCGCGGUGCGGCCUCGGGGCCCUGCGUCUGGACCAGCGCGUGGCCGCCCGGGCGGUGCACCUGCGGGGCUGCGGGCCCGCGCUGCGGCGGUGGCUGCGAGCCCACGCGCGGACCGCGGGCGCCUGCGCCGCCGCCGUCCUUGUGGUCCAGGGGGCCGAGCUCCUUUGGGCCUCCUGGCUGCUGAGGGCCCUCGCUAGCCAAGCAGGAGCUGGGGCGGGAGGGACACUCCCGGGGGGACACGGGACCCGUCCUACCUGCGGGGCUGGGCCAGUGUCUCUACAGGGUCAGAAGGGUAUCCUGGCGGGCAGCUGGUAG